CUCAACCACAUUCCGAUUCUCUACGACCAGGUGAGUAUAUUCUUUCUGCAUGGUAUUACCUUCUGACCCUCCCCUAUUUUCUGGUGGUGCUGGUUGAACGAACAAUCAAUCAAUCAAUCAAUCACUAUCAGUACCCGGUCGGGAGUCACUAUCAGGCUGACGUUGUCUCUCUUUCUCUCCUCCUUGUGCUCCACCAGAACACUCCUCCGCAUCGGGAAGCUCGAACGGCCCUCAACAUACCUAACCUAACCUAACCUAUCCACGACACAACCCUCCUCCCCCUCCGAUAUCAUAACUUAUCCACCUUUCGCCCCCUCUUUCAUUCUUGUCUCUCAUCAGACUUGAUCAACACACCGUCACCAUGUCGCAAAGUCAUGCUCUUUCCGAUGAUCAGGUUGCGGGCGAGCUCCGCAAGAUGACGGCGUUCAUCCGGCAGGAAGCGGUGGAGAAGGCGCGGGAGAUCCAAUUGAAGGCGGACGAGGAGUUCGCCAUCGAGAAGUCGAAGCUGGUCCGCCAGGAGACCGCGGCCAUUGACACCCAGUACGAGAAGAAGUUCAAGCAGGCCGCCAUGUCCCAACAGAUCACCCGCUCCACCCUGGCCAACCGCACCCGCCUGCGCGUCCUCUCCGCCCGCCAGGAGCUCCUCGACGAGCUGUUCCAGCAGGCCCGCGACCAGAUCUCCGGCAUCGCCGCCAAGGACGCCGAGAAGUACGAGACCGUGCUCAAGAGUCUGAUCCUCGAGGGUCUGUACGCUUUGAACGAGGAGAAGGUCGCCGUGCGGUCGCGCAAGCAGGACUUCGAGACCAUCAGGAAGGCCAUCGAGGCCGCUGAGAAGGAGUUCCACGAGACCGUCGGCAAGGAGGUCACUGUCGAGCUGGAUGACGAGGAGCACCUGCCUGAAGGAUCUGCGGGUGGUGUCGUGAUCGUUGGCGGUCAGGGCAAGAUCGAGAUCAGCAACACGUUCGAGGAGCGCCUGCGUCUGCUCGAGAUCGAUGCUCUGCCCGCCGUUCGAGAGACGCUCUUCGGCAAGAACACAAACCGCAGGUUCUAUGACUAGGUGGACGUUUCGGAGACCCUUUAGAACUAUCUCGUCUUGCUAUAUUUGUCCCGUUGCAUCACCUCUGUAUCUAUCUACCCGUUGCCUCUUCUUUGAAGAUCGUUCCAGCUCUGUAUACAGGCCCCCCUUCGUUUUCUGCUAUUCGUGGCUGUCUGGAGUUCAAUUCGAGCCGAAUGAUGAUUUUACGCUUUUCAACUUGUGCUGUCUAGUUUCUAUAUCGUGGGUGUGUGUAGUCGCAGCGACAGUGCCUCGCCCCUUGCAAAGUACGAUCGUAUACUGGGAU